AUGGUCUACACAAUUGUUGUCCACAUGCGCGCCAAGGCAGACAAGGAGUCCAUCUCCAAGCUGCACGCUAAGCUCCUCGAGGCCUCGGCUGUUUACUCAAAGGACAAGGAGACUCUCUCCUGGUUCGUGAUGCAGUCUGUGCAUGACGAGCAGGAUUUCACUAUCGUUGAGCGCUACGAACAGGAGUCUUCGCAGCAGUACCACCUUAACAACCCCUACUGGAAGACUUUCGAUCCCUAUGUUAUUCCUCUAUUGGAGAAGGAUAUGGACCUAAGACGGUUUGAGGAGUUGGUUGAGCCUUCUUCCUAG